UUUCAAAGAAAAAGAAGAGAUAUUGUUGAUAUUUAUUUUUUGAUCUGCUAAUAAAAUUACUUGGACUUUUUAACAAAGUUUGACUUCAUUAUUCAUUAGAGCUCACAAUGUCUGCAAACAAAAAACAAAAUAACAAAAAACUCUCUUGGAGUAAUCAGAUGACAGACUUUCUCAUAGCACAUUAUAAAGAAUGUGAAUGUUUGUACGACAAGAAUCAUGAAGACUACAACAAUAAAAUAGUAAAAUCGAAUGCCUUAAACAAUAUCCUUCAAAAAAUGCACAAAUUUUUCCCUAAUUUGAUAUUAAGGGAUAUAGAGGAAAAAAUAAAAAUAAUGCAUCUACAGCUUUCUGAAGAAAUGUUUCAUAUUGAAGCGGCUGAAGCGUCAGGCAAUAAAUAUGAUCCCAAAUUAUAUUGUUUUGAACAACUCAAAUUUCUACACAAACACGUAGAGCCUUCAGGGUCGAUAGAUAACAUUAAGACCGAAAACCCUUUAGCGGAAGAGGCUAUUGAUGUACCGGAAGAAAUUUCUGAUGGAUCACAGUACGGCGAAAUAAAAAUGCCCAAACGAAUAUAUAGGAAAAAAUUUAGAUGGAGAAGAGAGGAUUUAAAGAAAUUUAUUAAAACACUUCAUAAAUAUAACGUUUUAUAUGACUCCAGCCAUAAAGAUUAUUUAAAUCGUGAAAUAAGGUUUAUUGCAUAUAAAAAACUGCUUAAAGAAACGAGAAAAAUUGAUCCAACAAUUACAUUAAACGAUAUUCGUGAUAAAAUGAGAUGUCUGCGUAAACAAUUUAUGAAAGAAGUACGUUUAGUCAAAAGAGCGCAGAAAAAUAAUGAAAUAUAUGAACCAGUAUUGUGGUGUUUUGGAUUGUUGCUUAAUUUAUAUUACGAUGAAUUUGGCAUAAAAUCUUACAGUAAGCUGAUUAUUAAAGAAGAGCCUGAAGACAACAGUUUUACAUCAGCACAUCAAUCUGAAGAAAGAUUAACUGAUAACGAAACUACAAUUAAUAGAGAAUUAUUUGAAUUUGAUGAAAUUCAACAGACAGAUGAUGACGACGUUGAUUUUGAUGAAGAUCAAGUAACUUUGCCCACUAGGAAUGCGACACAAACUAAUGGAAAUUCAACAAAUGAUAGUGAAGAAGUAAAUUACAAAUGGCUCGGUGAACUAUUAGUAUCUCAACUGGAAGAAAUAUCACAAAAUUAUCACACGAAAUUUGCAUUGGAUCUACAAUGUCUAAUACGUGAAUACAUUUCGAAAAGUAAAAGCAAUUCGAAAGAAAAGACAUCACCAGCAGCAUCAUCAUCAUCAUCUAGGAGCAAUAAUAAAAACCAAAAAAGAAAUAUACCUAGAAAUAAUAUUCAAGAACUAUCUUCAAAUGUUUCAUUUAAUAUAAGUUUUCUGAUGGAAACCAACAAUGGACACAACAACAAACAAAUGUUUUGGAAUCGUAAAAUGAUUGAAACAUUCAUAGAACUUUAUAAAGAAAACGUAUGCCUCUACGACACGAGUCACGAAAAUUACAAUAAUCAAACAGUGAAAAUGCACGCCUUAAAAAAUAUUGCCCAGAGAAUGAAACAAUAUCUACCCAAUAUAGAAUUAAAGGAUGUUCAAGAUAAAAUUAAAGCAAUUCGUACUCAACUAAUAUCAGAAAUAUCCCUAAUUGAAGAGGCUGAAGCGUCCGGGAAUAAAUAUGAACCAAAUUUGUGGUGUUUUGAACAACUUGAAUUUUUGCGCGACCAUUUAACAGCAGAUAGUUCUAAGAAAGAAAGUGAUACAAAGGAAGAGCCUAUUUUUUAUGAAGAAAUUCAAAAUGAAAAUGCUGAUUAUCAAAGUGACGCUUCGGAAGUUUCACUAUACACGGAGCUUAAUACAAAAAAGAAACGUGGCAAAAUUGAAAGAAGAUUUAAAUGGGAACGAGAAAGUCUUAUACUUUUUAUUAAACAGCUGGAAAGGUAUAGAGUUUUAUACGAUCCUAAACACAAAGACUAUUCAAAGCAACAGAUUAGGUACGCUGCAUAUAAUAAACUACUAAGAAUUAUGAAAAAUCUUCAUCCAGAAAUCACUUUAACAGAAAUUCGUGGUAAAAUAAGAUGUAUACGAAAUCAGUAUUUAAAAGAACUGCAUAGUUUAAAAAAUGCACAAAAAAGAAAUGAAUCAUAUACACCAAAACUGUGGUGCUAUGACUUGCUGGACAAUUUAUAUAGAGACGUAAAACCUAAAACACCACGUUUUAAACGAAAUAUUGAUGAUAUGAAUGAUACUAGCCAAGUAUCGAACGAAUCAUUUAAUAUAGAUAACACGACUAGUAACGAAUUGUUAGAAUUCGAAGAAAUUCAUCAUGAAAUAGAAAACGAAGAGGACUAUGAAAAAGAAUCUGUCAACAUUGAAGCUAUGGGUUUUACACAAAAUAAUGAUACAACUAUAGACUAUGAGUGUGUAAAUACUUUUGAAUACAAUACAGAAGAUAUACAACCGACCAAGAAAAGAUGUCUGCCUAAAGACUAUUGUGAUAAUGUAAUGGAUUUUAAUGAAAUAACUAAAUUUGAAAUAACAGAAAAUCAUAUGAAACAGGAAAAAAAUAAAAGAACAACAACAAACGUCGAUAAAGAUGCGAAAUAUGAUUGGCUUGGCGAAUUAGUUGUAUCACAAAUGUCAGAGAUAUCACGAAAAUAUCAUACCGAAUUUGCUUGGGAUGUUCAAUGUUUAAUUCGGAAGUACAUUGUAAAAAGUAAAACAGGUGAUGGUGAAACAUCUGCAUCAAAUACAUCUGACGACACUACUAAUACCAACUCAAAACCGAGUACAUCACGGAAUAUUGUUCUACCACGUACUUCUAAUGUUUCAUUUAAUCUUAGUUUUGUGUAAAUUAGUAUUUUUUUAAUUUAUCGUAUUUAAGUUAAACCUUUAUAAAUUAGCUAUUCGUUAAAGUUAAUAUUUGUUUAAUAUAACCGGACAUUUCUAUAUUGAAAUAUA